AUGGCAGAUGGGAAGGCGGGAGAGGAGAAGCCUGAGAAGCAGCAGCGAGCAGGAGCCGCCGGAGAACCUGAAGAAGAAGCAGAAAAACCUGUGAAAACUAAAACUGUUUCUUCUAGUAAUGGAGGGGAAAGUUCCAGUCGCAGCGCUGAAAAGCAAUCAGCUGAAGACGAAGCUGCAGACCUCCCAACAAAGCCUACAAAGAUGUCCAAGUUUGGAUUUGCCAUAGGUAGUCAGACCACAAGGAAAGCAUCCGCCAUCUCCAUCAGACUCAGGGCAAGUAAGCCUAAGGAAAUGGUUCCAACUCUUGCUCCAAAAACACUUUCAGUAGCAGCAGCUUUCAAUGAAGAUGAAGAUGGUGAGCCAGAAGAAAUGCCUCCACAAGCAAAGAUGAGGAUGAAGAAUAUUGGAAGGGACACACCAAUAUCAGCUGGACCAAACUCCUUUAAUAAAGGAAAGCAUGGCUCUUCUGAUAACCAGAAGCUGUGGGAGCGAAAUAUAAAAUCUCAUCUUGGAAAUGUACACGACCAAGACAAUUAAGUGAAGUGUUUUAAGAUUGGGGUGUGGGUGGGUGCACUUGGAAGGAACAGUCUCCUUUUGUUAAGAAAGGUGUAAGAGUAGCUUUGGAGCCGUUUUUAUUUUUGUUUUGUU